GUUAUAACUCAUAUUUUUGGGUUUCCAUGUUUUUCCAAAAAAUAAAAUAAAAUAAAAACACAAUUUUAAGUUAUAAAAUCGGAAAUUACAGACAGCAAAAAUGUUUCAUUUGGCAAGUACAUUGAAUGCUGAAGGAUGGCAUUAGAUUCAGAUACAUGCAGGAGGGCAUUGAACCGAGCCCACAGACGAUUGGUAAAUGAUAUAAAACCAAAGGAGGUUCUGGAUCUUCUUGAGAGGGAUGGACUGCUUGGCUAUGAGCAGAUCAAAGAUAUACGGGGUCUUCUUACUUCUUCGAUGCAAAACCGGAUUUUGUUAAGCAAAAUCAGCCAGAAAGGUGUUGAAGGGUACAAAAUAUUCAAGGAGUGUUUGGCUGAAUCUGACCAAAAGGAAUUAAAAAAAUUAUUAGAUGAAAUAGAAGAGGAGCUUUACAGAGAGAAGAACCGAGCUGAAACUAUACAAGAGGAAAGACAAAGGAUGCUUAAGAAACGGGAACUACAACAGGCAUGCAGAAAUGCUCCCGGCUCAAGAUCUGCUUCCACUCUUGAAAAACUAGACAAAGUGCCCAGUGACCGUGAGUUAGUCAGCAUUGCUCCAUCCAUUGGCAGCGGAUGGGAACUCUUGGCCGCCAUGUUGGACGUGAAAAGACCUGCUGUUGAACGAAUAAAACUUGACCAUGGGUAUUCUUCUGUAGAGCAGAUUUACAACAUGUUGCAACAUUGGAAACAGAGGAAUGCAAAUAAGGCCACAUUUAAGGCCCUACUUAAAGAAAUGAAGGACUGCAAUUCUGUAACUAUUGACUGGGAAGAACUGAGAGAAAAACUUGGAUUUGGCAUUGAGGCGUUGAUGGACCCUGAACCCAUGGAAGUAGAGGCACUAAAUCCACCUGCGCCAACAUACGCACUGAGAGGAGGAGCAGGUGGAACUCGUGCCAUGCAACCUCGUUCAUUGGAAUCAGGGGUUGAGGAGAGUGAACCUAUGGACACUAGCCUGCCAAUUGCCGCUCAAAACCUGCCGGGACAGAAUGUGCCGGAUGCUCAAAUGGCUAAUGAUGGACAGUUUGGAGCGCAACCUCAAAAUGAGUCACGGUUUGGAGACACGCGAGCUAUACAACCGCAUAAUGAGGUACGUUUAGGGAUUACUACCGCUAAGAUGCCACCAAAUGAGCUUUCAUCUUUAGAAAGGCUUAACACAGAAAUAGUGAUACGGAUUAAACAAGAUUUGUUUGACGGACGUCUUAUCAGUCUCGACCAAUCUCAAAUAGAAGAUAUCAUGAAACUCGGUGAAGCAAAAGAAUUGGCAAAAACCAAAGGUGCCAGAGUAUUUGCAACGUCAAAAACGAUUUCAGGUUUCAACACUAAAGUGGUCAUUAAGGAAUUGCACAUAGAUAAAGAUGAUUUGGAUAGGAUGAGAUAUGUCACAAAUGAGAAGCUUGCAUCCAGAAUUCUUCAUUUUGGGAUAGUGCCAUUGCUUGCAUACCAUGAUGCGUUGCUGACGGAUCAGUCUGUGAGAUUUGGAUACUACUAUUUUGUGUCACCAUAUUUUGAGGGAGGAAAUCUCUUGAAGGCUCUUGAAGAAGACACAAAUUUAAUAUUCCUAAAACAAACAAACAGUAUUAGAAUGUUGCAAAAAACGAGAUUAAAGAUUAUCUACCAAGUGGCUUCUGCACUUUAUUACUUGCACACGCCUGUAAAGGACUUCAGGCAUGAUGUCUUGCAUAUGGAUAUAAAGUCCCUUAACAUUGUGCUGGAUUUGAACAACAAUGCAAGGUUGAUUGAUUUUGGAUUAGCAAGAGAAAUGAAGGAGCCCAAUGCUAAACUCUUGAUGACUGCAUCACCAGUUGAUGGAACUGUUGGCUACUUCCCAACAACAACAUUCCAGGGUUUGACCAAGUUUCAUGACUACCACAACUUUGGAGUUGUGAUAAGAGAACUAUUGACUGGAAUUAAUCCUGCUCAAAGGUUUCAGACUUUUACCCUACGGACUAUGUCAUCAUUUCGGCUGAAGGAUAACAUUCAGAAAGAGAUCUGGAAAAAAGAGAAGGUUUGGAAGGCCCUACUGGAUUUAGCUGAAAAAUGUGUAGGAAGCCUGGGACAGCAUACAUUAUCAAACACAUUCCAGAUUUCUGAGAUGCUUCUUGAGCUGGAGCCACUAAUGCGAGAAGUUGGUGCACAAAGGUGGAGCAGAAAUCCAGGGAAGGAAUGCGAAGUGUGUCUAGUAAAUCAAGCUGCUGAAGAAAGCGAGUUUCUGAAACAUGACGAUACGUGUAUGUUGCAUAUCAACGUGUGCGCAUCUUGCAUGAGAAAUUCCUUCUUGAAUCCAAUCAUUUGUCACACUUGUGAAACGGAGGUUCAACCAUUUAUUGGGCGAAACUGGGGAGCCAUUUUGAUUGCAGGAAAUGACAAAGACAAACUUGUAGCAGAUGCUUUCAAAAAUGAUGUGCAUAGACUAAAAGAGGUUAUCACAAGUAGAAGUGUUCCUAUCAUGUGCAUCAGGGAGGAAAGCAUUGAAGUUGUUACUCCAGAUGAACCAGACAUGGAAGACAAUAAGCUGUGGGGCAAAGUUCAAGAUGCCUUUAAAAAACUGAAAGAGAAAAGCCUCAAAACUCUUUUAGUGGUGUACUCGGGUCACCAUGGCUUCCAGACAAAAGAAGGAAUUGCAAAGAACGAAAAGAAGUCAAUUGGUCCUCUUGAGAGUGUGACAGGAUCAACAAUUGCAGCCAUGGAAGGCUAUUUCCAACUGAGUGAAAACGAAUUGAUGAAAGACGUUGAAUUGUGCAAUGAAAUACAGCAGUUAAAAUCUGUUGACAAAAUUUUCCUUUUUGAAGAUUGUUGUCAUGGUGAUGUCGAAAUAAAAACUGCAUUAACGGGCAAAACUGUCGUGAAGUUCAACAGUAGUAAUACGACUACACCAUCUUCAGUGGACUUUAAAAAGAAAGAAAGCAAGUAUAUUGGUACAUUGAUCAAAGCACUCACGGCAACCGUGGAAACCAAACAUGAAUUGUACCAACAUAAAGAUUGCAAGAGAUGUGAAGACAUCGCCAACACAUUGUUCUAUGGAAACUUUCUGACAGUAAACACCUUGCAUUCAUUCCUUACAGAAUAUAUUGAACACUGUAAAAAUACUGAGAUGAAAAGCCUUGGCAGCCCUAUACUUUCACUUCAAAAUCUUUCGGGAAAAGAUUGCAUUUUGGCCUAUAGAUACAGUUUCCAAGUGGCCUUUCAAUUCGAGAUAAAGAAACCAAAAGGCGGAGAAGUAACGUCUGAAUCAAUUUGCCUGAAUAAAUUUGAUGAUUGUCAAAGGCUGAAGGAAAACUUGUUUAGAAAAAUGCUAAGCUAUGAUGAAUCUACCAAAUACCUCGUUGAAAACGAGGAUCAAUUGAAGGUCUAUGCUGCUGCUGUUAGCAUACAAGUAAAACAUGGACCCAGCGAAGUCCAUUUGAAGGAAAUUGAUUCUCUUGAACAGGCAUCUUCAGCUUGGAUAGCUCGAAGAGAACUGAUUGCACAAAUUCGAAGUGUUGAGAAAAUUGACUUGAAGAACUAUGAUGUGGCUGGCAUCUUUGUUUUACCAACCGAUGUUCAAGACAUUUUCAAAAUAGUGAACUCGUUGCGACCGAAAGUUUGUCUGUCUGAUCCGGUAACGAUGUCAGAGAGGUUGGUUGUGGACAGAACUGACCUUCCACGUUGUGUUACAGAACUUGAAGAACUCCGUAGAAAGGUUCCAGAGAGAGAACGCUUUAAACAUGUUUUCUUUGACUUCAACCAUAGCCUGGAUCAUAUAGACGCAGUUCUUCGUAACAAACAUGAGGAUGUUUCAAAUGUGAAAGUUCAUAUAAUAUUUCCAAAGAACAAGAGCGUAGAUGUUUCAAAAUUCUGGCCAUUUAUUUUCUAUCGCAUUGAAAGAGCAAGCGCGCAGUCAUAAUGCAGUGGCUUUGACGCCGGUGUACUUUGAUUACAAUGUUCAGGAUAAGAUCCUGAGCUCAAGAUUGAGAGCUUUCAGAUUAUGAUAACCAUAUAGUUACCUGCUUGGUGCAGUCGUACUCGAACCCAUAUUAAAGGUUGAAUAGUUGAUCAUUCACGAGUGUACAUACAUGUACAUGUAUAGAGAUCGUGUCACUGUACAACUCUUAAUUAAUUUGUGGAGGAUAUGAACAUUACUAAACAUAUAGUCACUAAAGAAACAAACGAUACAAGGGAAUUCAUGUAAAAGUGUUUUGAUCUCAGUGGAAUUAAGUUUGUUUCUGGAUAGCACGGGCAUCACAGUGGCGUCUAAUUUAAGUUUGACGAAACAAACGCAAAUGUUUGAGGAAUGUUGCACCUGUUAUUGUUUGCAUGCAUUUUUAUUAUAGAUGAUCAAAUAUUUCUACCUAGCAACCCAUAUAAAAAAAUCAAUUUGUGUUGUGUUGUCGUAAGGAAGUGAUCAGAGCGACACGUGUUAUACCCAAAAUAUUCCCUUUAAAAUCAAAUCUGAUAUCAUUAAUAAACAUAUUUUAUGUAUACAGGUAAUGUACGGAGUGUCCAUUGCAAUACAUGGACUCAUAAAACUGGUGAAUCGUUUUCGUUGCAUUAAAAGAUUAACAGUUCCGUCGAUAACCCUGCUAGGUUAUCUAUAGUCUUAAGUUUUUCAUAAAAACUCGAAAACCUGAAAAACGUUUAAGAAGAGAUUGAUAUUGUUUCUUGUUUCGCGGCCCCCUUAUCCUCUCGCAAAAAAGUGGCGACAGCAUUUUAGAACCCAGGGGGAACCUUGAAUAUUAUUAUGCUCCUCGAAGUGAGGAGGAUAUAGUCGCCUCUUUGUCCUAUGUCGAUACUUCCGUAUGCCAUUCGAAACCCUGUCCGGCGAUAACUUUAAUUAAAACUACUGAUGGCAUUGUAAUACAUUGGUAAAGAUAGAUGGCAAUGAAAUGAAGUGCAGUGCACAAGAUCCAUAAUCCGGUAUGCAUAUUGAUUAAGAAACCUUUUUUCAUAAUCGAUGCUUAUCUGUUCCAUAUCUCUGAAAUUAGUGAAAUGAUUUAAAUGAACCUUUAAAUAAAGAUUGAUUGAGAUGAGGGGAAGCGCAGUGCACACGAACCAUUAUCCUGUUCAACAUAUGUUUAAGUCAGAUCCCCGUACCUGAUGUUUUCGGUUCUUAUUCGGUCCAUAUCUUGGAAAAUAGUUAUUAUGAGCUGGAAAGAAAUCUUGAAAAAUAGAUAGAUGACAAUGAGAGGAAGGAAAGUGAAGUGAAAGGAAUCAUAAUCUUGCCCUGAAAAUGUUCAGCUAUCUCCAAGCUAUUUUCUAACCUGAUAUGUUAUUGAAAGUGGGUGUUUGUAUGGGCUAAAUCUUGGAUAGUUCUAAAGGCAUUUAAAUGAAACUUGAAAUAUAGAUAUAUAAUUCAAUUCUCAAACUUUCCCAUAUCAUUGCAACUUAUAUAUUGUAAUGCUUUAACCAUUGAUCUUUACCCAGCUCAUUGUGUUACGGUUUAUGCCUUUUCAUAGAAAAAGGGCGUUGAGUAUCCAAGCUUCCAGUAAUAUAUAUAUUUCUUUUCUUACCAUCAUACAUACUUUUAAAAUAAUUUCAGUAUACAUGUAAUUCUCACUUAAGUAAGGUUGCUAUUGAAAGAGUAUUUCAUUGACACGUGUGAAAUAAGCAUACGAUUAAACAUGCAUUUUAAGGAAUGUGGACAUUAAUACCUUUUAUGUGUUUAUGAGACGUAUCUUAAAUGAGUAUAUAUUUUUUAAGAGCAUUCGUAUACUUGUAAAUUGUAAGUUUUCUUUUGCAAAUUAUAUAUAAGACAUUAAAUGUAUUGAAUAAG